AUGAAACGUGCGUUGGUAAUUCGCAACGUGUCCAGUCAUGAUGUGCCUUUAGAUAGUUUAGAUAAUGCAUGUGUACAAUCUUGUACAGCACAAGGUUUUAUUACCGAAUUAGCAGUCAAUGAUGAAGCUGAUGUCAUGCAUCAACUCAUGCAGACUCAUGCACGUGCUAGUGCUAGCAAUGAUCGACGUGUUCAGUACCAGGAAACGCCAUUGAUACGACCACAAGCGACCUCAUGUUAUCAUUCAGCGAUUAUUCCCUUUGAUGCUGUUGUUUUUCGAGCCUCAGGGCUCUCGGAACGCCGUUUGUAUGCGUUGUUACGUAUUAUUCGGACUAUUAGUAAGCAGAUUUUUCUCUGUGUCUUUAGUACACAACUUGCAGAACAUCCCAUGGGUCGUUACCAGUGUUUUCAAGAAGGUGCAUCCAUGGUUACGGAAUCUAUCGAUGAUAUACGUAAUGUCUUGGCUUUUAUUGCUUCGUGUGGAGAAGAAUCAAGCCACGAUGUGUAUGCGAGACGAAAAAACAAAGGUAGAUCAGGUGGACGAGAUGGAUUUACGUGUCCAUUUUGUGGUAUGAAUGGCAUGGAUGAAGAUAAACUCUGGAGACAUUGUCCAAUGUAUCAUAUCAAUGAAAAAAAUACUGACGGAGUCACGUGUCCAAUCUGUCGAGAAACUCCACGCGGUCCUUUCCAAGUGCACAUGCACAAUGCACAUGGACCUCCUGGACGACACGAAAUGGUGAGUGAAUUUCACAUGGCUGAUAGUACGCUGUACUCGUUUGCACUGGUUGUGUGUCACAACAAGAAAUACAACAGCUUUUUGCUGGUACAAGAAUUUGCCAACUCGGGCUUUUGGUUGCCAGGCGGUCGUAUUGAUAGUGGUGAGAACCCGGCAGAGGCGGCAAUUCGAGAAACGAAAGAAGAAGCUGGCAUUGACAUUCGCCUCACCGGGAUCUUGAAGCUCGAGUACCAUCCCAAACGAGAUCGCAGUGGUAGUCAGUAUGUGCGAAUGCGCUUUAUCUUCUACGCCGAGCCGUUGAAUUGUGAUCAGCCGCCAAAGUCGAUUCCUGACUAUGAAAGCGCCGGAGCAACUUGGUGUCGAAUUGAUCAAGUUGGCUCACUACCACUUCGUGGAUCUGAACCGAUUACCUACUUUAAUCAUAUCGCAUCGGGCAAGGCAAUUUACCCACUUGAUUUCGUUCAGAUGACCUCCUCCUAUUCAUAG